AUGCGUGGCACUAUCUAUCUAUCUAUCUAUCUAUCUAUCUCAGUCCUUUUCAUAUCUAUCUAUCUAUCUAUCUAUCUAUCUAUCUAUCUAUCUAUCUUUCUCAGUCGUUUUCAUAUCUAUCUAUCUAUCUAUCUAUCUAUCUAUCUAUCUAUCUAUCUAUCUCACUGUUUUCAUUAUCUAUCUCAUUAUGUUCAUUAUCUAUCUAUCUAUCUCUAUCUAUCUAUCUAUCUAUCUAUUUAUCUAUGUUCAUAUCUAUCCUUAUAUCUAUCAUUUGUUAAUUACUAUCUAUCUAUCUAUCUAUCUAUCUAUCUAUAUAUAUAUAUAUAUAUAUAUAUAUAUAUAUAUAUAUAUAUCACUUUGUAUAUAUAUAUAUCACUUUCUCAUUAUUUUCAUUAUCUAUCUAUCUAUUUAUCGAUCUAUCUAUUCAUUCUAUCUAUCUAUCUAUCUAUCUAUCGAUCUAUCUAUCUAUCUAUCUAUCUAUCUAUCUAUCUAUCGUAUUUCUCCUCAUUCGAAUUUUCUUCUUUGAUUACUUUAUUCCAUUUUCUUCACUUCUUUCUUUCUUUCUUUUUUGCUAUUUUUCUUCCUUUCUUUUUUCUUUCUUUGUUCUUUCUUUUCUUUCUUUCUUUCUUUCUUUUUUCUUUCUUUUUUCUUUCUAUCUUUCUUUCUUUGUUCUUUCUUUCUUUUUUGCUAUCUUUCUUCCUUUCUUUUUUUCUUUCUUUGUUCUUUCUUUUCUUUCUUUCUUUCUUUCUUUCUUUUUUCUUUCUAUCUUUCUUUCUUUUUGCUUUCUUUCUUUCUUUGUUCUUUCUUUCUUUUUUGCUAUCUUUCUUUCUUUCUUUGUUUUUCUUUCUUCUUUUUUGCUUUUUUUCUUUCUUUUUUGCUUUUUUUCUUUCUUUUUUCUUUCUUUCUUUUUUCUUUCUUUCUUUCUUUCUUUUUCUUUCUUUCUUUCUUUUUUCUUUCUUUCUUUUUUCUUUCUUUCUUUUUUCUUUCUUUCUUUCUUUUUUCUUUCUUUUUUGCUUUCUUUCUUUCUUUUUUGCUUUCUUUCUUUUUUUUUUGCUUCCUUCCUUCUUUCUUUCUUUUUUGCUUUCUUUCUUUCUUUUUUGCUUCCUUCCUUCUUUCUUUCUUUCUUUAUUUUUUCUUUCUUUCUUUUUUGCUUUCUUUCUUUUUUAUUUCUUUCUUUCUUUGUUUUUUUGUUUUUUCUUUCUUUCUUUCUUUCUUUCUUUCUUUCUUUCUUUCUUUCUUUCUUUCUUUCUUCUAUUCACUUUCCCUGUUGUCUUACCUUCAUUUUUUAAUUUUUCUUUAUUUUGCACAUUCCUUUCUUUCUUUCUUUCUUUCUUUCUUUCUUUCUUUCUUUCUUUAUUUAUUUAUUUAUUUAUUUAUUUAUCUAUUUAUUUAUUUAUUCUCAAUCUUAAUUUUUUGGUGUUCAUUCGUUCAUUUAUUCUUUCUUUCUUUCUUUCUUUCUUUCUUUCUUUCUUCUAUUCACUUUCCCUGUUGUCUUACCUUCAUUUUUUAAUUUUUCUUUAUUUUGAACAUUCCUUUCUUUCUUUCUUUCUUUCUUUCUUUCUUUCUUUAUUUAUUUAUCUAUCUAUUUAUUUAUUUAUUCUGUUCCCUUUCCUUCUUGUCUUUUUCAAUUUUUCUUCAUUUUGCACUUUCUUUCUUUCUUUUUUCUUUCUUUUUUUUCUCAUACAAGCAAUCUUAAUUUUUUGGUGUUCAUUCGUUCAUUCAUUCUUUCUUUCUUUCUUUCUUUCUUUCUUUUUUAUUCUUUCGUUUAUUCCUCACCAAUCUUUUCUUGUUCCAUCCUCAUCUCAGUUCAACUCGCCAUCCUUUAUCCGCUUAUUUUUCUCUAUCUUCCUUUCUUUCUUUCAUUCUUCCUUCUUCCUUUUUCUAUUACUUUAUUCCUUCUCUUUCCCUUUUUUUCUUUCAUUUGGCUCCGUUCUUUCUUUUUUCUUCCUUUUAUUCUUCCUUUUAUUCUUUCAUUUAUUUCUGUUUAAUUGGUUAUUUCUCUUUUUUUUUCUUUCGUUCAUUCUUCCUGUUAAUCACUUUAUUUUUUCUCUUUUCCUUUUUUCUUUCAUUUAA